AUGGCAUUCCAACCGUUUUUACCAAACACAGCUUCGGAUUUCACCCUCGACGCAAUGCUGGCCCGACAACCUCCGUUUUCCCCUGUCAUUGCACUAACUUCCCACGGGUCUCUUCCCUUGCCUGUUGCGCAAAGGCACCCAAUGCUGGAUCUGGGCAAUGCCGAAACGAUCCUCCGCAUAUCCUCGCUGGAACACCAUGCUGCCACCCAGUCUGCCAAACUCAGGCCUCCUAAAACGCUGGAGACCAAGGAUGCCACCGAGGAUGAUCCAAAAGUUAACUUGGAGGCGAGGGACCUUUGGACACAAUUCCACAAAUUCGGCACUGAAAUGGUCAUAACAAAAUCAGGAAGGUAAAUAUUAUGACAUAUCAUCCAUAAUCAUGUAGCCUAUAACGUUUUUCAUUUUUAUUUUAUAUUUUAUAUUUUAUAGGACUGUAGGAUGAUUUCAAAUCGUUGUGUGUUCCUUUUACUCCAGGCGCAUGUUUCCACCAUUCAAAGCCAGAUGUACUGGCUUGAACAAAAUGGCAAAAUAUAUUUUUCUGAUGGAUAUUGUGGCGGCCGACGAGUGCAGAUACAAGUUUUACAACUCAAAUUGGACGGUGGCAGGAAAGGCAGAUCCUGAAAUGCCAAAGAGGAUGUACAUACACCCAGACAGUCCCGCUUCUGGCGAGCAAUGGAUGUCAAAAGUGGUCAAUUUUCACAAACUAAAAUUGACAAACAACAUCUCGGACAAGCAUGGGUUUGUACGUUCCAAAUAUUCGUUUUGUGUUAAUAAUGUAGUAUUUACAGUGUAGUUUGACUCAUCUAAUGUAUUGUUACAUUAGUUACAAUAUAACUGAAAUAUACUAUUUUUUAUUGAAAUGCGUAAAGUUCCAGUUGAUGACUAGGCCUAAUGUAUUCUUUAAAAUGUAUUUUGUCUCCAAUUGCAGACGAUUCUUAACUCAAUGCACAAAUACCAGCCUAGGUUUCACGUUGUGAGGGCCAACGAUAUCAUCCAACUACCAUAUAGCACGUUCAGGACCUAUGUCUUUUCUGAGACAGAAUUCAUCGCGGUAACUGCGUAUCAAAACGAUAAGGUAGGCCCUUAAUAAUUUUAUAAAGCAAGUUUCAGAAUAACAUUGUAUUUUUCGUAUUGGUAGACCUAUGGAAAAUGGGAAUUAUACGCAUGACAUAAAUUACCCAUAAAGAAUUUGUAAAGAGUUUAUGUUGUGGCCUAAAUGAAUUACUGACUUAUAGCUAAAUAGCCUACUCUAUAGCAUAUUAGUUACCCAAGGCUCAAUAUUUGGCAAGCAAUGAAAUGUAGAUUUUUAUGUCUUCAAAUAUUUUGUUCUAAAUGUGCAAUAUUUGAACAACGUUAAUUAACUGCUUAUAAAACAUUUACAAACUUCUUGGCAAGAAAGAUUUUGUUUGAAACUUUUAAAGGAUCCUAUAUUCCUGAUCUAUCCCUGUAAUUAGCCUAAGAGAGUCUGAUUAUUAGUGUUACAAUGUGAUAAGGUACUGGUCUAAUGUUUAGAAACAUUACAGUCAUUACAGUGAUUUCUAUAUUUUCAGAUUACACAACUGAAAAUUGAUAACAAUCCUUUCGCCAAAGGAUUCCGUGACACUGGCAAUGGGAGAAGAGAAAAAAGGUGAGACAAAAAAAAACGACAAACGUUAAUGAAUAUAAUAAAUACUUUUAGAAACUCAAUACUGAACUAUGUUAUUUUUUGAGUAGGAAACAACUGGGGAUUAAUACACAAACAUUCAAUGAGACGCGAAUGGAAGAAGGCAAUGAAAUCUCGGGUGACUCUUUGGAUCCACUGAAAAGCGCAGGAAACUCUAAAUCAACCGGUUUGUAUGAUAACGAAAUGAAUAGGCAAAAAAUGUAG